AUUUUUAAUUCGUUUGCAAUACAAUUGUAAUUACUAGCGAUAAUUAAUAUGGCUUUUAGAAAUAGUUUGGCUAUUUGCCUAUUGUUGGCUGUUCUUGGGAGCAUUAGUGCAGGACCCUUAAGUGCUAGAAACCCAGCCGCCAUGGCGAUGUUAGAAUCCAUAAUGAAAAAAUCGAAAUGGGACAGCUUUGUAUUUUCCCAAGAAUGGCCGGCAACAGUGUGCUCAUCUUCCAGCAGAAAGUGUUACUUCCCAGAGAACAGGAACACGUGGACCGUCCACGGUCUUUGGCCUUCGAAAUCCGACGGUACUUACGGACCCUCCAACUGCGAAACCGAUGCGGAAUUCUCAGAGGCCACAUUGGCACCCAUUUUGGACGACUUGGAAAAGCAAUGGACCGAUGUUUUCGGUGAGAGCGAUGAGUACUCAUUCUGGAAGCACGAGUGGUCGAAACAUGGCACCUGCGCCGCCCAAUUAGAAGCCUUGGACAGCGCCUUGAAAUACUUCGAGAAGGGUUUGGAACUGAACACGAACUACAAUUUGACUUCGAUUUUCCUGGAUAGCAACAUCGUCCCUGGCAACUCCUAUUCCCUUAAGCAAUACACUAAAGCCGUCGAAAGCGUCACUGGUGCCAAAUCAACAGUACGUUGCGCCAGUAAGGGAUCGGCUCGUGUUCAGGAAAUCAGGAUUUGCUUUGAUAAGAAAUUUAAUGUCAUCGAUUGCUUUGAAGAUUCCAACUGUCACACCAAAUCCAUUAACUAUGAAGAUAAUAACUGAAUAUUAUUAAUGUUUUUUGUGUUUGUUUAUUUAUAUUUUUUUUAUUAAGUUGCUCACAACAUUUGCAAAAUAUUUUAAGGUUUUAAAACUAUGUUUAA